AUAUAUUUUUAUUGUUACUAUUACAGGGAAUAAUAUACGUUGUCCUACAAAUAGAGGAUCGGUGGACAGUUUUCCACAUCUUUUUCAAAGUAUCCAGGACAACAUGAACUCUCUCGUACUUUUCCUCGGAGUCACCCUUUUAGCUUUAUGUGAAGCUCGUCCAGCUGUGCAUAAAGUCACUGGAAAACUUGUAACUCACGUUCAUAAAUUUAAAGAAGAAGUAUUACCAACACCUAAAGAUGGACUUGGCUUAAAAACUAAUUGCGAGCAGGGAGCUUUAGUUGGAGUUGGCCGAGGAUUGGAACGAGGCAUUUCAGGAAUUAUCAAUAAUGCUGCCGGUGUAGUAAGCGAUGUCACGGCACAUGGAAAUCUCUUGGGAAUCGUAGGUGGUGCUGUUGAUCAUGUUGGACAUGCUGCUCAAGGCUUAGUUGACAAUGUGGAUCAUGGACUUGGAAAUGGAAUACAAGCUCUUGCUUGCGGAGUUGGAAAAAUUGCUGAUGAGGUUGCUUCAGCAGGUAAAUAGUUUGGAUUAUUUAAUGUAAAAUUUUUCACUCAUAUUGAAUCUUAUUUUCAAUGUGAUACGUUUUAAAACAUGCCACUUCAUGUCUUAUGUUUCAAAUUAGAUCAUAUUACAUUAUAAAAUACAUGACAAUUUUUUUCCAGUACAAACUAGUAAUUAUAUUUUACAUUAUUAUAUAUAAAUGAAUGUAGAAAUUCUUAAUAAUGCAUUAUACUUACACAAAACAUCAAUUUACUUGUUAUUUUGAACUUACAAUCACGUUUUUGAUAUAUUUUUAUAUCAGGUGGUGAGUAUAUCUCUGACGUUUAGUGUAAAAGAGUUUUCUUAUUAUAGUUCCUGAAAUUGCUGUACUGAUUUAAAAUAUAUAUAUACGUAAUAAAAAUGUUGUUUACACUUUUACCUUUUUAGAUCUCCUUGGAGGAGCUGCCGAUGUAGUUGGUACGGCAGUAACAAGUGUUGCAAGUACACUCGGCGAUGUUGUUGGAGGCGCUGUCGGAGGAGUUGCUUCUGUUAUAAGCCAAGCUGUUGGUAUAAUUGCGGACUUGUAAGCACGAUAUAUGAUUUGAGAACUUGCUCAAGACAUUCAACGACGGCGAGAAGCAUUCUAAUAAAAACUGGAUUUAAUGUAAAACAUCAACUACUAUAAUAAAUACAUAUGUGUUCCUUA